AUGAAGACUUCCCCUGCUAAAAAGCCAAUUCAAGUAGAAACAACCAACAUGCACAAGGAUUUCAUACCACCAAAUGAAUCAGAAAAGCCUGUUUCUCCUAACAAUGUACCAGGGGCAAAGUCAGCUGUUGACCAGAAGUUCAAGCGUUUGGAGAAUAAAAUUGAUUCAAAUCACAUUGAUCUUUUGAAAGCCAUCGACAGUAUGGCGAACCGAAUGACUAGCACAUCAUCUCAAGUUAAAACAGAUGAUUUUGAUCAAACAUUCCAUGUGGUUGAACAACAAGAAGCACCUACUGGAUUGGAGGGACCUGAACCAUCCACCAUGAUAAAUCAGGUGGACAAUAUAUCGGAACAAAGCAUUUCAGCAGAUGAAGAUGAACCAUCCGUCAAGAUACAAAAGGUGGAUGAUGUAUCACAACAUAACAUUGUAGCAGAUGAUGAACUGAAAACAUUAAAUUUUAUACCACAAUUGAAGAACGUAUCAGCACACCAAAUGGAACCACAAAGAGCAGAUACUGAUCAGCUUAUUGCUGAUUCUGAUACAUUACAGAAGAGCAAGUUGAGGAGAUUGAAAAAGAAAAAAAUCAAACCAAGCACAUCAGAAUCCAAUACUUCAGCACCAUUUUCGACCGAAACUCUAGAUGUGAUAGAUGCUCUAAUAUACGGACUUCCAUUACCAGCGAUGCCAUUGACAGCUGUUAGUCAUGAGCAAGUUCAGGAUGAAUGUCUAUUACGCGAUAGCCAGCUACCAACCACUCUUCCAUCAAAAGCCAAUGUAUUGUCUGACGAUGCGAAGACACAAUUUCAAAGAAGCAGGAUUCCUUCGAAGAUCUUACAGUCGCCGUAUCUUUCAAACUUUGGGUCGAGUGAAAAGGGAAAGGAACAUUUGUCAGCUGUUAUGCAUCAGACACAUCCUUUUGAAGGUUUUGGUAUAUGCUAUCAUCCCCCAUCCGAGCUUGUCACAGACUACUCUCAAUGGAUAGAUAAAGGACUUCUAAAAUUACAUGGCAACAAGAAUUCGAAGGAGGAUCAUUACAGAUCUAAGUGCUCUUCAUUCGGCUUUGAAAAAAUGGACUUUGUUGUGGCAUUUCCUAAAGAUAAGAACUGGUUCUACCUAAUGUCACAGAAGAACAGAUGCUGGAACGAUGAGCACAUCGAUGUAAUAUUUCACUACCUUCGGAAGAAAUCAAAGAUGCAGUUGAGCAAUCAGUAUCGAUACACAACGACAAACUGUAUUUUCAAAAUUUACAUCGAAUAUGCACACACACGCUACUAUCACCUUUCGCCUAAUAUUUCUACACAAUAA